AUGGGAAUAUUUGCGGUAAACAAGGAAGGAGAAGUCACGGUGAGCUUCGAGAACGACAUAAAUUUGAAUGAUUUCUUUAAGCCUGAUCAGAUAGCUGAUGCAACUGCUGAAAAAUCUACAAGUUUGAAAAGAAGGAAGGUUGGAAAUCUGAAGCUCCAAACCGCAUUCUCGUUCAAAUAUAUGCUUUCAGAACAAAUGUUUUCUCCAGAACCCUAUUCUCAGCUUGAAUUAGCAGUAAUUAAGCUUCAGAAAGUCUACAAGAGUUACAGGAUCAGAAGAAUUCUGGCUGAUUGUGCAGUUGUUUGCGAGGAGCUGUGGUGGAAGGAUUCGGUGAUUACUGCUACCAGGUGUUCUACAUCCCAUUUUGACCCUGAUAAAUCAGAAACAGCUAUUUCAAAAUGGGCAAGGGCUAGGAUGAUGGCUGCUAAGGUGGGAAAAGGUUUGUCCAAAGAUGAUAAGGCACAGAAAUUUGCACUGAGACACUGGCUUGAAGCUAUUGAUCCCCGUCAUCGUUAUGGUCACAAUCUUCAUUUCUACUAUGAAGUCUGGUUUCGUAGCCAGAGCUAUCAGCCUUUUUUCUACUGGUUGGAUGUUGGAGAUGGCAAAAAAGUGGAGCUAAAAGCAUGUUCUAGAAGGGACUUGCAGGACCAGUGCAUAAAGUACCUUGGACCUAAAGAAAGGGAAGCAUAUGAAGUGGUUGUAGAGGGAGGGAGGCUUGUUUAUAGAGAGAGCAAGAAACUUGUACACACUACCGAGGAAUCCAAGUGGAUUUUUGUUCUUAGCCUAUCUAGAGUUUUGUAUGUUGGGCAGAAGAAUAAAGGCCAUUUUCAGCACUCUAGUUUUCUGGCUGGUGGUGCAACCAUUGCAUCAGGAAGAUUGGUUGCUCAGCAUGGAGUUCUUCAAGCUAUAUGGCCAUACAGUGGUCACUACCGUCCAACAGAGAAAAAUUUCAUGGAAUUCAUUAGCUUCUUGGAGGAACACAGUGUGGAUAUGACAAAUGUAAAGAAAGAUGCAGUGGAUGAAGAUGUUCCACCUUCUCAACCUGCCAAUGAUGAGGAGCUGGCCUUUGAAUACAUGGAAGGCAAUGUGGGUGGCAGUGACUCUGUCACUGCUAAUAAUAAUGGUAAAGAAAAAGUGGAAGAAGAUUCAGUACAUGAGAACAAGCCAAUGUCAAGCAAAUGGAGUACUGGAGUAGGUCCUCGGAUUGGUUGUGUGAGAGAAUAUCCAACAAAAUUCCAAGUGCAAGCACUUGAACAGCUCAAUCUUUCACCUGGAGACAACCAGGGAACAUUUGCAGACAAAGCACCAAUUCCUUCUCCCAGACCAAGAACCAAACAUCUGUCACCUAAGCUUGUGAACAUGGGACUUCCUAGCCCUAUGCUACAAGGACAUUGAAGUGCAUGCUGGACACUGCUUUAGUUUUAGCAUUUAAAUUUGGACCAUUGGUACAUAUUACAGUAUUAUAAAGGUCACAAAGGAGCUAACCCAACAACUUUUUUCUUUAGUUUUCAUUUGGGUUUUCAUUGGCCAGUUCAUAUAGAGUAAGUUUCUGUGGAAUUAUUUUUUCUCCUGCCCCUUAGAUGUUUGGCAGUUUAUCCAUUGGUAGUAAGGGGUUAGGUUAAUAGUUCAUUCUUGUGUAUGUCACAUC